CUGUCUGUCUGUCUUCUCACAGAAGGCACAGGGAAGUGUGUGUGAGGGACAUCCAUCCAACAAACUGAGAAGAGGUGAACUAACAAACUCAAGAGUGCAAGUACACACACGCAUGCACACGCUGAGGGGCGAGGUGACAGAGUAAACACAGUCAGCCACCAUGUGACAUAAGAGGCCAACGCAACUUGACAUGGAAUGGAGUUUUCGAUGACACCCCUACCAAACACCUCCGAGCUGCCCCUGUGGCUUGGCAACGACACGGCUGCAACCGACCUGCUCUCCCAAAACGCGUUUGUGGUGAGCCUGCUCCUCUCCUGCCUCUACACCACCUUCCUGUUCCCGCUCGGCCUUCUGGGUAAUCUCCUGAUCAUGCUGGUGAACCUUGACCCCUGUUCCCGCAUGACCGCGCCCGACCUGUACUUCACUAACCUGGCGCUGGCCGACCUGGUGCUGGUGCUAGACUCGCUCAUCGAGGUGUUCAACGUCAACGCCCAUUACUAUGACAACGCCCUGCUCUGCACCUGCAUGGCGCUGUUUCUGCAGGUGAACAUGUACAGCAGUGUGUUCUCGCUGACGUGGAUGAGCCUGGACCGCUGCAUGGCCCUGACGCGCCUCUCGGGCCGCGCCAUCUCCUCCAGCGCCAGCCUGCGGCGAGCCCGCCUGGCCUGUGCCACCAUCUGGGCGGCGGCCGCCCUCCUCACCCUGAUCCCAUUCGCCGCUGCACACGCCCAUCACGGCUGGGGGCAGGGCUUCUGCUUUGCGGGCAUGGCUGAGGUGCAGUGGCUGGAGGUAACGGUGGGCUUCCUCCUGCCGCUCUGCAUAAUCUGCGUGUGCUACACCCUGAUCGGCCGGGCGCUCGUGAACACCUGUCCACGAGGCGCGCAGAGGCAUGUCCGACUGAAGGCCCUGCGGAUGAUUGUCACCGCGGUGAGCGUGUUCUUCGUGUGCUGGCUGCCCGAGAACGUGUUCAUCGGCAUGCACCUGUUGCGCGGCGCCACCGGACCGUCGCGGCGCCGGGGAAACAGCUCGCUAUGGCAACAGUAUCCGCUCACCGGUCACCUGGUGACCCUGGCAGCCUGCACAAACUCCUGUCUGAACCCGCUGAUCUACAGCCUGAUUGGGGGAACGUUCACUCACAAACUACGCCAGUUCAUCGAACACCACGCACGCUGCACUCACUCCCACGCACCAGGGCAAACACACACCGACCCCGCCUGCCCGCACCGACACCAUGAGGAGUUUAUGAACAGUCUUGCACAGGAGGCCGUGCCUGAAGGAGAGUGUGUGUGUGCGAGGCUGCCAGAGAGCGUUUUAGACUACAAUCAGUGUGUGUGA